AAUUAUCUGUAAAACCCCCGAAACCCAUCAAACCCCAAAUAACAAUGACGCCCCCAAAUAAAAAACCCUAAUCCGAUUUCUCUCUCUCUCUCUGAAAAUCGAUUCCCCAAUUUCAAUGGCUGCUGCUCUAUCAUUCUCAUCAUCAUCUUCACUCGUAUUCCCCUCUUCUUCAAAAUCAUUCUCAUACGAGCAGCCUCGUUUCAGUAUCUCUACUCGAAGUAGUAGUAGUAAUAAUAACUCUGUGAGGUGUAAUUUGAUAGAGCCAUUGGGAUUUGAGAAUGGGAAACCAUUCAUACCAGUACUUAAUGAACAGUCAUUACCAAAUUACUUAGCAUCAAAUUCAAGAUAUCCACAGACUCUAGCUAAUCAAAAUGAUACGCGGCUCAGGAUUUUCUCCGGUACCGCCAAUCCUGCACUUUCUCAGGAAAUUGCAUGCUACAUGGGUUUAGAGCUUGGAAAGAUCAAGAUAAAGCGGUUUGCUGAUGGAGAGAUAUAUGUUCAAUUGCGAGAGAGUGUCAGGGGAUGUGAUGUAUUUUUAGUGCAACCUACAUGCCCUCCAGCAAAUGAGAAUCUUAUGGAGCUUCUGAUAAUGAUUGAUGCUUGCAGAAGAGCAUCAGCUAAGACCAUUACUGCAGUGAUUCCAUAUUUUGGGUAUGCUAGAGCUGACAGAAAGACUCAAGGGCGUGAGUCCAUUGCAGCCAAACUUGUAGCAAACCUUAUUACAGAAGCAGGUGCAAACCGUGUUCUUGCUUGUGAUCUUCAUUCUGGGCAAUCAAUGGGUUACUUUGAUAUUCCAGUGGAUCAUGUAUAUGGGCAGCCUGUAGUUCUCGACUACCUAGCCAGCAAAAAUAUUUGUUCUGAUGAUUUGGUAGUGGUUUCACCUGAUGUUGGAGGAGUUGCUAGAGCACGUGCAUUUGCCAAGAAGUUAUCAGAUGCGCCAUUAGCCAUUGUUGAUAAAAGGCGUCAUGGGCACAAUGUUGCUGAGGUGAUGAAUCUGAUCGGAGAUGUUAAAGGGAAAGUUGCAGUGAUGGUGGAUGACAUGAUAGAUACUGCCGGUACUAUCUCAAAAGGUGCAGCUUUAUUGCAUCAAGAGGGGGCCAGAGAAGUCUAUGCCUGCAGUACACAUGCUGUUUUCAGCCCUCCUGCGAUAGAGAGGCUAUCCAGCGGUCUCUUUCAAGAAGUGAUCAUCACGAACACCAUACCAGUGUUGGAGAAGAAUUACUUUCCACAGCUUACAGUUCUGUCGGUAGCUAACCUGUUGGGCGAGACAAUUUGGCGUGUUCACGAUGACUGUUCUGGUACCUCUGAACCCUAUUCCAGCCUGGGCAUUGACUGAUCCAAUCCAUUUGGUGGUGUUCUUCCCAGCUCCACUUACUACCAUCAUAUAAAGACUUUUUGUAAUUCAGUAUGUCAGAUUGUAAUGAUAAUCAGUUUGCCACGCAACGGGUAGGUGAUGUACCAACAGUUUUACUAGUUUGUUCUUGAACUUUAUGAAGAUUGAGGGUUAAUACUUAAUGGGGAGUUCACUUAGUGUCAGUUAGGCCUCCUCUAUGUCUCCUAGAUUUCUCCAUUUCCCCGUAUAAUAGUUGAAACUCUGUAGAUAGCAUAUGAUGUGUAAUGCCAGACUUUACUGUUUGGAAGUUUUGUGUUUUGACUUUAUUGCUUGAUUAGCCUUUUGGGCCUGGCGUUCGGAAGUUUGUAUGAAACAGUGUCAGGAAGUUAUGUAAGAAACAAUGUCAAUUUGACGGUUGUAUUUUUCAUUUGAAGAGGGUGUUGCACUUCUGGGCAAUGUUGAUUGUCUUAACUAUUUGCCUGAAAAUAGGCCAAAUUGGAAAAAUGAAGGUGUCAUUUUUCA